AUUUUGAACGUGCCUAGAUUCGCCGCUUCCCCUUCCCUCCAAUCCCACACCCAAUUCUCAACACCACCCAUUCCCAUACCAGUACCGACAACUCUUCGAGGAUCGCACCCGGUAUCACGCACAUUCAAGAUGGUAUGCUCGCCCCUGCCGUCGUUCCCCCCCGUCACAAUCGUCGUCAUGCUGCAAAUGCAGGCUCGGGACUCUGCGCGCGCAUGUGCCCCGCGCGCGCAUUCGAAAUUCACAAUCUCGAAGCAAAAAAAAGAAGCCCCAGCUCGGCAGCUGCCACGACCAUGACGCAGGACGACCAGCCCACGUGACGAUCAUCUGAGACUAACUGGAUAUCUUUCGCCUGUCUAGUCGGACGUAGAAGAGAACAACGCCCCUGAGGUCGCCGAGGAGGUCGAGGUUUCUGCCGAUGCCUCCAAGGGCCAGAUGUCCGUUCUUGACGCCCUCAAGGGUGUCUUGAAGCUCGCCCUCAUGCACGAUGGUCUUGCCCGCGGUCUCCGUGAGGCUUCCAAGGCCCUCGACCGCCGCCAGGCUCACAUGUGUGUCCUGAACGAGUCCUGCGAGGAGGAGGCCUACAAGAAGCUCGUCAUCGCUCUCUGCUCCGAGCACAAGAUCCCCCUCAUCAAGGUUCCCGAUGGAAAGCAGCUCGGCGAGUGGGCCGGUCUCUGCGUCCUCGACCGUGAGGGUAACGCGAGAAAGGUUGUCAACUGCUCUUGCGUCGUCGUCAAGGACUGGGGUGAGGAGUCUACCGAGCGCUCCAUCCUCCUCAACUACUUCCAGACCGAGCAGUAAACGGGGUUUUACAUCAAAAAAAUGGCGUUAUCGUGGGGGUUAUAGACAAAUGGAGGAAGGCCUUCCCAACCAUGUUCAACCACAUCUCCCGGAUGUACUACACCAAGACACGUUGGCAUAGUGCCGGACCUGAGAGAUACCAUGACUGCAUCGGAAUCAAAGAAGUUCUGCAUGAGAA